AUGGACGAACAGCGGUGGGCGACCGCCACCACCACCUCAGUGACGGUGCUUGCCUUUCUGUGUGUUGUGCUGCGUAUCGUUUCUCGACUGGAACGUAAGCAGAAACUCUGGUGGGAUGACUGGAUGAUUAUCUUCUCCAUGGGGUGGAACUUCGUCGUGGUGGGCUUCAUCUAUGCCAUGAUCCACGAAGGCAUGGGCGUGCACGCCGACCAACUACCCACCGGACAAGUCAUCCUGAUCGCCAAAUUUUUGGUCGUGGCCGAGAUCCUCUACGUCUUCAACCUGGUCUGGACCAAGCUCAGCAUUCUGCUGAUGUACUACCGCAUCUUCCGCUUCGCCUACUUCAAACGCUGGGCCUACAUCAUCGGCACCUUUGUGAUCUGCUGGGUCAUCUGCAUCACCUUCCUGUUCAUCUUCAUCUGCGUCCCCGUGCAGAAACUCUGGUAUCCGAGUCUCCCCGGCCACUGCAUCUCCCAGGUGGGCACCUGGAUCGCCAAUGCCACCUCGACCAUCGCCACCGACCUAGUGAUCCUCUUCCUGCCACUCCCCCAAGUCUGGAAGCUGCAGCUCCGCCUGUCCGAGAAGGUGGCCUUGACCAUAGCAUUUGGCCUCGGGUUCUUCGUGGUCUUUGCCUCGGCCUACCGCUUCAGCGUCCUCUUCUCCUACACCGCCGCCGACAGCUCCUACACCCUGGCCCCGACCGUCGGCUGGACCGCGAUCGAGAUGUCGGCCGGCAUCGUCUCCGCCUGCCUGCCGACCAUCCGGCCCGCGCUGCAGCUCGCCGCCCGCACGAUGGGCAUCCAAGCCGUCAUGCCCGCCAUCUUCCGGAGCACCGGCCACUCCGCCAACCACCUCUCCUCCAAGUCCGAGGCCACCCAGCUGGGCAGUCGCUUCGCCGCCGGGGAUAUCCCGCUGUCAACCAAUGGCGGCGGAGGGGAGGCCGGGACGUCCUCCAGCCCCGUCGUCCGCCAUUCGUUCUACCACCUCCCCGACGAGGGCGAGCUGUCCGAGAUCGACAGCGUCCCGCUGAAGAUGGAGGUGUCGCUGCGGCCGAAGCAUGAUCGCGGCCAGACGGUCACGAAGAUCCGCGGGCGGACGAGCGUGGCGUCCGGGGAGGACGAUCUGUUGCCCUUGCAUGGGAUCCGGGUGCAGAAGGACUUUAGGCAGGAUGGGUAGG